CCGCCCGCCCACUUGCGCGGCACGCACGCAUACGCCUCGGUUUCUGCCUCGCGCUGCCGUGGGGGUGGCGGCGAGCUGUGAUAAAGCUUGGGAGUUGCGUUGCUAAGCAACCCGAUCCGGACUGUGGCGAGAGGAGCAGAACUACAAGAUAUUACAAAAUAUGCUGUCAAUUGUCCCUGUCAAUGGAGCAUCAUUAUUCUGUUUUGAAGACAAGUAGUUCAUCAAUGACUUCAGUUCACAAUUCUAAAAACAAUUACAAGGUGCACUGGUCAUAUUUUAUGCUAAAAGAAGGCAGUUCCUCCAAACAAGAUACUUUAGCUGUUACUGCAGUUGCUUUACAAGAUAAUAUUUUACAUAACCUUCAGCUCCAGGAUCUUUCAUUAGCAGAUCCUUUUAAGUCAAAGUUAAGGAAUAAAAAGAACAUUUACAAACCUGUGAACAAAGUGAUGGUCAGAGCAGUAGUAGAUACUGGACUAAGAAAAAAGAGCAUUCUCCACACAAAAAAGGAAGAUCCAGAAAAAGAAUAUGUCCUUGAUCCUAAUCCUCCACAAUUAACGUUAGCUCAGAAAUUGGGCUUAGUUGAGCCUCCUUCCUUGCCACUAACAGCAGAAGAGUGGGAUAAAGUAAAGCAAAGAUCUAUAAAACAGGGAGAUUCAGUGCAACCUUGUGCAAUAUGUAGGGAAGAAUUUGCACUUCAACCACAGGUGCUGCUUUCAUGUUCCCAUGUAUUUCACAGAGCAUGCCUGAAAGCUUUUGAAAAGUUUGCAGGUAAAAAGACCUGUCCUUUGUGUAGAAAGAAGCAGUAUCAGACCAGAGUAAUACAUGAUGGGGCGCGUCUGUUUAAAAUAAAGUGUAUUACGAGAAUCCAAGCUUGCUGGAGAGGGUAUAUUGUUAGAAAAUGGUAUAAAAAUUUGAGAAAAACAGUACCUCCGCAAGAUAGCAAAUUAAGAAAAAAAUUCUUUGAAGCAAAGUUUCAGGAGAUCAGCAAUCGGUUAUUGAGUUCUUACGACACAAACAUAGAUGAGUUUUUUUCUGAAAUUGAUUCUUCUAUAGCUGCAAGUCGAAAUGUGCUUCAACAGUUGGAGGAAAAGUUUGCCCCGUUAAUAAGCGAAACGGAAUGGGAGAAAAUACAGAUGCAGGCAUUUCGGCAAGAGAUAUUUGACUGCCCUAUUUGCAUUAUGCCACUCUGUCAUAUCACUCAUCCUCCAAAUGUCUUUUCUGAGAACAGCAAUAAUCGGUAUUCACGCCAGACUGUUCUGCUCUCUUGUUCACAUAUGUUUCAUCAGACUUGUCUUCAAGCAUUUGAAGAGUUUUCCUUGGGAGAAAGACUUGUUUGUCCCUUAUGUCGCUCUUGUUAUCAAAAGAAAAUUCUUGAAUGUUGAUAUAAACAUGUAAACAGUCCAGAAAGAGCUGCAUAAUAGAAUUUUUAAUUGGUUUAAUGAUAGACAACCUCACAGAUUAGAUCCUUGUAAGGUCCAAUGUGAGAAAAAACACUUCUCUGUGGAUGCUGAUGCGCAUAUUAUAGAAAUAAAAGUUA